AUGAAAGAUAACUUGAAUACUGUUAAAGAAUUAGAAGCAAUAUUCCAAAAAAUAUUAAAUAUAUUAAAGGAAGAGUUGAAGAAUCCAUUUCACUUUUAUGAAAUAGACAUAAGCUUGUUUAAACAAUUGAUAAAUAACAUAAAUAACAUUAAAAAUGUUUCAAGUGAAUUACAAGAUUUUCAAGAAAUCAAUAAAUCUUCCAUUGAAGUUUUAAGUUAUUUAAUAAUGAUAGCAAUUGAUAAUAAAGGUUCAUUAAAACAUUACAAUGGAGACGAUAAUGGGAAAGUAGAAGAUAAUGAUGAAUGUGAAAAACUUUUGAUCGAGGCAUUGUCACAAAUCGAUAAUUCUAUUCAACAAGACGACGGAGUUAGGGUUAUCUUGGGUAAAAGUUACUUGAAACUUUUUCUUGAAAUUUUAUUAAAUUUGUCGUUGUCCAUCGAUGUUAGGAAAGCGACGGGUAAUGUUAUUAAUGACUUGUUAACGGGAUGUAAAGAAAAUAAAAAACUUCUAAAUCAAGAAAAUUUCUUUGAUAUUCCAAAAUUAGCAUCUUCGAUGAUUUUUGCAUCAGAUUAUGAACUUCAGCUUCGUCACCUUGAAAUAUUUUUCAGAAUAUGCCCCAAAGUUUCUGAAGACAGAUUGACAUUUGCGGCCAAAGUAUUUGUAAACUACAGCAAACUGAUUAAUAAAUUCUUGAAUAUAAAGGCGAAUGAUUUUGAAGAAGAUACACGUAAAUUCUUGAAUGAAGUAAAUUCUUCUAAUGAUGGAGUUACUAGAACACCUAAAACAUUUAAAGUAUCAAAUAUUAAAUAUAAUAGCACAAAACUUUUAUGUCCCGAAGGCAAAAAUUAUUUUUAUGUGGAUUUUAAUAAAUGGUCAAUUUCUUUAAAUAUCAAAUCAUUAGAGUUCAAUGAAUCCGUCGAAAAUGAAACCAUCGAUAUUAAAUUUUCAAAGAUUUCAUCAUGGACUUUUGAAAAAAAUUUAAAAGAAUCAAUUCUGAUUUUAUGUCUUAAUGAACCUUUAAAAUUGGGCAAACGUGUUUCUUCGAAUUCAUCAAAAAAUAAAUCACCAUCAAUCUACAUAACUUUUAAAGAUGAUUAUAAAAUCACCGCCACAGACGAUGAAUUAGAUUUAAAAUAUAUAUUAUCAAUCAUUUUUUUAAAUCAUAGAAUACCUGAAAACAUAAAUGAUGCCACAAGUGAAUCAAAUUAUGGAAAAAGUUUAGUCGAAAAGAUUGAAAGAAGAUUCGAUAACAGAACUAAUACAAUUGAUAAUAAUAAUCGUAGAUGUACUUUUCCACCUCCAUGGAAACAGCGAGCCAAACCUUUAAAUUUAUCAGCUUCUAAACAAAAACAAGCUGUUGAUUUGAUAGCAUCAAAUUUCAUAGAUAAUAGCAGUAUGAAUGUCGUUUCUAAUAAUGAUAUAAGAAUCUAUGAAAAAAACAGCAACAACAACAAUAAUGAUACUAAAGGCAUGAUUGGAAUUAAUACCGAUAUUAUUGUUGUUGAUGACGAUGAACCACCAAAAAUUACAAGAAAAAAUUCAUCUUUUUUAAAACGUUUAAAAGAAGCAUCGAAAGAAUCUUCUGCUACAUACCAAUCAUACCAAUCAUAUCAUGUUCAAGGACACCAAAACUUAAACACUGAUAUUAUUAAUGCCAAUAAUAAUUAUAAUGUGGCCAACACUAUUAAAGAAAGUUUAGAUGAAGAAAUAAGAACAUUAUUACUAGCUAUUGGCGAUACAUUCUUUAAAAAAUUUCGAAGAGAAGAUAACUCUAUAUUUAAAGCUUCACAAGAGGCGAUAAAGAAAAGUGAAGAUGAAUUUGAACAAUCAAUUCAAAAGCAAUUUCAACGAAAACGAGAUCUCUUUGAAUAUUAUAUAAAAACCUACAAGUCGAUCAGCGAAGAAACCCAAAAGUUUAUAGACGAAUUAAAAAAUGAUAAAAGUACGGAAGAAAUGGAUCAAACUAUAAUUGAAAUGGAGCAGAUUGAAGCUGAUAAUUAA